GGCGGCUCCUCCGGCAUCCUGGGCCGCUGAGGACGGUGGUGCGCGGCCCCGUCCCGGGCGCGCGCGCUGUGGGCGGUGCACACCGUCCCUUCCCGGAAGUGCGUACUGUGGGCGGUGCCGCGCGGACCCCCGGGAAGUGUCUCUGUGGGCGGCCGCCGGGUUGAGCUGCGGCACACGUGCGACGGCCGUGAUGAAGUUCGCUUACCGGUUUUCAAAUUUGCUGGGUACGGUGUACCGGCGUGGGAACCUAAAUUUUACCUGCGAUGGAAAUUCAGUUAUCAGUCCCGUGGGCAAUAGAGUCACUGUAUUUGACCUUAAAAACAACAAAUCUGACACGCUGCCCCUGGCCACUCGGUACAACGUCAAGUGCGUGGGGCUGUCCCCGGAUGGCCGCCUUGCUAUCAUCGUCGAUGAAGGGGGCGAUGCGCUGCUGGUCAGCCUGGUCUGCAGGUCUGUGCUGCACCAUUUCCACUUCAAGGGCUCUGUGCACAGCGUGUCCUUCUCCCCUGAUGGCAGGAAGUUUGUUGUCACAAAGGGUAACAUUGCCCAGAUGUAUCAUGCCCCUGGGAAGAAGCGGGAGUUCAACGCCUUCGUUCUGGACAAGACCUAUUUUGGGCCCUACGAUGAGACCACCUGCAUCGACUGGACGGAUGACUCCAGGUGCUUUGUGGUUGGGAGCAAAGACAUGUCCACCUGGGUGUUCGGAGCCGAGCGCUGGGACAACCUCAUCUACUAUGCACUGGGGGGACAUAAGGAUGCCAUUGUGGCCUGCUUCUUUGAAUCCAACAGCCUGGACCUAUACUCGCUCAGCCAGGACGGAGUGCUGUGCAUGUGGCAGUGUGACACACCCCCCGAGGGCUUGCGGCUGAAGCCCCCUGCGGGCUGGAAAGCAGACCUGUUGCAGCGGGAGCAGGAGAAGGAGGAGGAGGAGGAGGGGGACAGAGAGACCACCAUCCGGGGAAAAGCCACUCCGGCCGAGGAGGAGAAGACAGGAAAAGUGAAGUACUCACGGCUGGCCAAGUACUUCUUCAAUAAAGAAGGAGAUUUUAACAACCUGACAGCUGCAGCAUUUCAUAAGAAGUCUCACCUCUUGGUCACUGGCUUUGCUUCUGGAAUCUUCCAUCUUCAUGAGCUGCCAGAGUUUAACCUCAUCCACUCCCUGAGCAUCUCAGAUCAGAGCAUCGCCUCAGUGGCCAUCAAUAGCUCGGGGGACUGGAUUGCUUUUGGCUGUUCAGGCCUGGGCCAGCUGCUGGUGUGGGAGUGGCAGAGUGAGUCCUACGUGCUCAAGCAGCAGGGCCACUUCAACAGCAUGGUGGCCCUGGCCUACUCGCCCGAUGGACAGUACAUCGUGACUGGCGGGGAUGACGGCAAGGUGAAGGUGUGGAACACCCUCAGCGGCUUCUGCUUUGUCACUUUUACGGAGCACUCCAGCGGGGUGACUGGUGUGACCUUUACUGCCACCGGCUACGUUGUGGUGACCUCAUCUAUGGACGGGACCGUGCGAGCCUUUGACCUUCACAGGUACCGAAACUUCCGCACCUUCACCUCUCCACGCCCCACCCAGUUCUCCUGCGUGGCAGUGGAUGCGAGCGGUGAGAUCGUCUCUGCAGGGGCGCAGGACUCCUUUGAGAUUUUCGUGUGGUCCAUGCAGACAGGCAGGCUCCUCGACGUUUUGUCUGGACAUGAAGGGCCCAUCAGUGGUCUGUGUUUUAACCCAAUGAAGUCCAUCCUGGCCAGUGCCUCCUGGGACAAGACAGUGCGCCUGUGGGACAUGUUUGACAGCUGGAGGACCAAGGAGACGCUGGCUCUGACCUCUGAUGCUCUGGCUGUGACUUUUCGCCCUGAUGGUGCGGAGCUGGCUGUGGCCACACUGAACUCACAGAUUACCUUCUGGGACCCCGAGAACGCGGUGCAGACGGGCUCCAUUGAGGGCAGGCAUGACCUGAAGACCGGCAGGAAGGAGCUGGACAAGAUUACAGCCAAGCACGCGGCCAAGGGGAAGGCCUUCACCACCCUGUGCUACUCUGCAGACGGCCAGAGCAUCCUGGCAGGAGGCAUGUCCAAGUUCGUGUGCAUCUACCACGUCCGUGAGCAGAUUCUCAUGAAGAGGUUCGAGAUCUCUUGCAACCUGUCUCUGGAUGCCAUGGAGGAAUUUUUGAACCGAAGAAAAAUGACAGAGUUUGGCAACCUGGCACUAAUUGAUCAGGAUGCUGGGCAGGAGGACGGAGUCACAAUACCACUGCCAGGCGUCAGGAAAGGUGACAUGAGUUCUCGGCACUUCAAACCUGAGAUCAGGGUGACCUCACUCCGCUUCUCUCCCACUGGGCGCUGCUGGGCGGCCACCACCACAGAGGGACUCCUCAUCUUCUCCCUGGACACCCGCGUGCUCUUUGACCCGUUUGAGCUGGACACCAGCAUCACCCCCGGGAGGGUGCGCGAGGCACUGCGCCAGCAGGACUUCACCAGGGCCAUCCUCAUGGCCCUUAGGCUCAACGAGAGCAAACUGGUGCAGGAGGCCCUGGAGGCAGUGCCCAGCGGCGAGAUUGAAGUGGUCACCUCCUCCCUUCCUGAACUGUAUGUGGAGAAAGUGCUGGAGUUCUUAGCUUCCUCCUUUGAAGUGUCUCGCCACCUGGAAUUCUACCUCCUGUGGACUCACAGACUGCUCAUGUUGCAUGGACAGAAGCUGAAGUCCAGAGCCGGGACGCUGCUGCCUGUCAUUCAGUUCCUCCAGAAGAGUAUCCAGCGGCACCUGGACGACCUGUCGAAACUCUGUAGCUGGAACCGCUAUAACAUGCAGUACGCACUAGCAGUUUCCAAGCAGCGGGGCACAAAACGCUCCCUAGACCCACUGGGAAGUGAGGAGGAGGCAGAAGCAUCUGAAGAUGACAGCCUGCACCUGCUUGGAGGAGGAGGCAGAGACUCGGAAGAAGGGAUGCUGGCCGAGAGCUAGCCGGUUGCAGCGUUGGAUUGUGCCGGCUAAGACCUGCCAGGGAGAUGGGACCCUUGUGCCACCUGGGCCAGCAAAGAGGAGGGGUCCAGAGAGCAGCUGAAAUACUGUCCCUAGUGGUAGUGACUUGCUUUUCCUGUGCACACAUGUAGCCCAUUAGGACAGUGAGCCGACGGGUCACGCCAGGGGCCGGCACGCACUGGCACCUGGCCCCAGGAGCGGGGCUGUGUGAAUGGUGAUGAAUGUUGAAAAUGCCUCUCAGAGAGGUAUUCCCAUGAACUUUGUAUGAGACUUAUUUAUAUCUUUAACAUAAAGGUUUGAUAAAGAACUUAUGGAUAAAAAAAGAUGGAGUUUUCUAACACGUGAGGAUGAAGUCUACACUUCAGAUUAAAAAGGGUUAUGUUGUA